AUGUCCCAGAACAAAGAUAUCCAGCGCCAGGACACCACCCUCGACGUCGCACCCACCCCCCAGAACACCCCCCUCGAGACAGGCGUCCUCCAGAACCGCCCCGCCAACCUCGGACAACCGUCUGUCGAGACCCUUGCAGAGGGUGAGGAGAGCGAGAGCGACGAGGAGGAGGGUGGCGCCAACCCCGCCAGCUUGCUGGCUUCUAACCCCGCGCUCCUCGCGUUCGCCCAGUCCAAGCUCGACGGUCUCGUCGGCAAGUCUUCCGGCUACAUCGAGUCUCUUCCCGCCUCCGUCCGCCGAAGAAUCGAUGGCUUGAAGGGUGUCCAGGUCGAGUACUCCAAGAUCGAGAGCGAGUUCCAGUUGGCUAUCCUCGAGCUUGAGAAGAAGUUCGCCGUUAAGUACCAGCCCCUCUACGAGCGACGAGAGGCCAUCAUCACCGGCAAGGCCGAGCCCACCGACCAAGAGGUCGAGGAGGGUAUCGCCGCCGACGAGGACUCUGACGAUGAGGCCGAGGAGGAGGACGCCGAGAACAAGGAGGAGCCCGCUGGUGGAGAAGACAUCAAGGGUAUCCCCGAGUUCUGGUUGACCGCUUUGAAGAACCACGUUCCUACCGCUGAGAGCAUCUCUGACGAGGACGAGGAGGCUCUCAAGCACCUCGUCGAUGUGCGACUUUCGUACCUCGAGAACCAGCCCGGGUUCAAGCUCCACUUUGUCUUUACCGCCAACGAGUUCUUCUCUGACUCUGAGUUGACCAAGACCUACUACUACCAAGAACAAGUGGGUUACGGUGGUGACUUUGUCUACGACAAGGCUGUCGGUACCGAGAUCCAGUGGAAAGAGGAGAAGGACCUCACCAAGAAGAUUGAGAUCAAGAAGCAGAGGAACAAGUCCACCGGCCGAACACGUACCGUCCGAAAGGUCGUCCCCACGGACUCCUUCUUCAACUUCUUCAAGCCUCCUCAGCCCCCUGCCCCCGAGGACCUCGAAGCCGACGACGUCGACGAGGCCGAGCUCCAAGACCUCGACGCCCGUCUCGAGAUGGACUACCAGAUCGGCGAGGACUUUAAGGAGAAGAUCAUCCCCCGAGCCGUCGACUUUUUCACCGGCAAGGCUUUGGAAUACGAGGACUAUGGAGAUGAGGACGACUUUGAGGACGAGGAUGACUACGAUGAUGACGAGGACGAUGAAGGAAAUGCCGCUGCUGUUCAGGCCGCCGCCGCUGCUCAACCCGAGUGCAAGCAGCAGUAG